GUCGGGUCGGGUCGGGCCGGGCCUGGCGCCGGGCGGGCGGUGCACGGCGACGGCAGAGAGAGCGAGAGAGAGCUUCAUCGAGGCGGACAGUUACCUCAGCUUCUCCCUGACCCCGAGGCUCAUCGCACGUCGUGCAGUUUGACGGGACAUUUCAUAACCAACCACCGAAAGUACUUUUCUGCAAGGAAAUUACAGCUACUCAAUUACGUUCCGAAUGUCGCUGUUUCGAUAAUUUCCCACUGUGAUUGGAAAAGUGGAAAGCAAGCUGGAUUGCAGAAAUAAAGGGUAGUAUUGGAUUCCAGAAACAGAAAACAGAAAAGAUGACAAAACAUACAAACGGAAAACUGUGACUGAUUAUGGUCCAUUAUUCAAAUUACCUCUCUACUCUGAGGUUACACUGAAGACAUACAAGUACUUUAAGGCUUCUCACAGUGGGACCUUAAAUGGAAAAAAUGAAAAAGUUUAAGCGACGUCUCUCUCUAACCUUGCGUGGCAGUCAAACAAUCGAUGAGUCUCUGUCUGAGCUUGCAGAGCAAAUGACUAUUGAAGAGAACAGCAGCAAAGAUAAUGAGCCCAUUGUGAAGAACGGCAGGCCUCCAACAUCGCACAGUAUGCACUCCUUUCUCCACCAGUAUGCAGGCUCUUUCAAAAAGCCCCCACUGCGGAGACCCCACAGUGUGAUUGGUGGGAGUCUCACCUCCUUCAUUGCCAUGCCUAGGAAUGGGAGUAGACUAGAUAUAGUGCAUGAAAAUUUGAAAAUUGGCUCAGAUGGGGAAAGUGAUCAAGCCUCUGGGACAUCUUCUGAUGAAGUACAGUCACCUACUCAUGUCCGUAUGAGAAACCACCUGCACAGAAGGAUCUCCAUGGAGGAUGUCAACAAGCGCCUGUCAUUGCCUGCAGACAUUCGAUUACCUGAUGGCUACUUGGAGAAACUGCAAUUGAGCAGCCCACCCUUCGACCAGCCAAUGAGCAGAAGAUCUCGCAGAGCUUCCCUGUCGGAGAUUGGAUUUGGAAAACUAGAAACGUAUGUUAAAUUGGACAAACUGGGGGAGGGCACCUAUGCAACAGUAUUUAAGGGAAGAAGUAAACUGACAGAUAAUCUAGUAGCACUGAAAGAAAUCAGGCUGGAACAUGAAGAGGGAGCACCUUGCACAGCGAUACGGGAAGUGUCAUUACUGAAGGAUCUGAAGCACGCAAACAUAGUCACUUUACACGAUAUUAUUCAUACAGAAAAGUCAUUGACACUAGUCUUUGAAUACCUGGACAAAGACCUGAAACAGUAUAUGGAUGAUUGUGGGAACAUAAUGAGCAUGCACAAUGUGAAGAUAUUUUUAUACCAGAUUUUACGGGGCUUAGCCUACUGUCACAGGCGGAAAGUGUUGCAUCGAGAUCUGAAACCGCAGAAUCUGCUGAUCAAUGAAAGAGGAGAACUCAAGCUAGCUGAUUUUGGUUUGGCAAGAGCCAAGUCAGUCCCUACAAAGACGUACUCAAAUGAAGUUGUAACAUUGUGGUACAGACCUCCUGACGUACUCUUGGGUUCUUCAGAAUAUUCCACACCGAUUGACAUGUGGGGUGUUGGAUGUAUCUUCUAUGAAAUGGCAGCCGGGCGGCCCCUCUUUCCUGGCUCAACUGUAGAGGAUGAAUUGCACUUAAUUUUCAGGCUAUUGGGCACACCCACAGAGGAGACAUGGCCGGGAAUAAUUUCAAAUGAUGAAUUCAAGACUUAUAACUUUCCUAACUACAAGCCCCAACCUGUGAUCAAUCAUGCACCAAGGUUGGACAUGGAGGGAAUUGAUCUGUUGUCCAACUUUUUACAAUACCAGGCAAAGAAGAGAAUUUCUGCAGACGAUGCCAUGAAACAUUUCUACUUCAAAAGCCUUGGAGCAAGGAUACACACUGUACCAGAUGGUGCCUCAAUUUUCUCUAUAAAUGAAAUUCAGUUACAAAAGGAUCCUGGCUACAGAAACUCCUCGUACCCAGAUACAGCACAUGGGAAAAACAGAAGACAGAGCAUGUUGUUCUAGGCUGUCUUUCAAAAGAAUAAAGAAUUGAGUUCCAUCUGCUUGCUGUUUUACAUUGCAGCUACCCAAGAUCCCGAUUUGGUGAAGGCAAAAACUUUCCAUUAUGUUUCGAACGACAACUUGAACUUCUCUAACGUCUUCUUUACUGCCAUCUUUGCAAUGGAGUCUUCUUCAAACCUAGAGAUUGUUUUAUAUUCGCUGGUCACAGUGUGACGUUUUAUAUAGAUAUAUAUAUAAAUAUAUAUACACGCAUGUAUAUUUAUAUAUAUAUAUAUUUUAAAAAACGGUUUUAUGGUUCACUUCUGCUGUUCUAGAGCCAGUGAGUUACAGCUGUUGUCGUUGUAAUUCCAGCUGCAGUUUUGUGCAGGACUGGAAACACAGUGCUUAUUUAUUGGGAAUCAUUGCUGCUAAAUGACUACUGUCCAUAUGUACCACAGCAUCAGUGAGUGCCCUGGUGGAAAAUGUGAGAGUGGCUUGUAGCAUGUGAAUGCAUCUGUUUCCCCUAUUAACUAUUUUACAGCAUUUGCAGGAUUUUCCGUCUUUAUUUGUUCAGCUGCUGUUGGCUUUUGAAUGUCUGGUAGAAGUAGAAAUCUUGCUUUUCCUUCAAAUGUGACUGUGGUUAGCUCUCCCUUGAACCCUCAAAGCUCAAAGUGCAGAACUUGUGUUUGUGUAAAAUCCUGUGCGGCCAUCAGGCGUGCUAAUUUUUUUCUUUUUUCAAAAAAAAAUCAAUUAAGCAAUCCAGCAGCAAAUCUGGUAAUUUCGUAGUUGCAAAGUGUUUACAUAGUCAUUCCACCUCCUUUUGCCAUGUCACUGUACAACCAGAUGGGAAUUCAAAGGGUUCCAUUUUGUAACUGAUGCAUUUCUUAGACUGAUAUAUUGAUUUCACUACAGAUCUUGUGUGUCUCCCGGAGUAUCAUCAGGAGGCUUUGGUUAACAGUAUUGGUGUGUAUGUAAGUGUGUUUGCCUUUCUAAAUGAUGGAUUUAAUGGACCUGAUUUUAGGGUCACUUGAUGUAAACUCAAGUUAUCAAAUGUGUAUGAUCAUUGGUGACCAAUUUUUUCUGACUUUUACUGUAAACUUAUUCAGGGUCCUACCAUUUUCUUAAAAAUUGGGUAGUAUGAUGUUAUUUAACAGUGUUAAGCGUAUUUUGUAUGUUUUAACUUUAUUUGUGAACUGUGAUUGAUGGUGGCAUGUUCAAAAGUGUUUUAUAUGUUGUUGCCUAUGAAUGGAUUUUAUUGGAGCUUUGCGAGAAGAAAAAGGAAACUGAUUCAUCGGUAACAUUGUACAUUGGACCACUACCAUUCAACAUUUAUCAAAAUGAUUCCAAGCUGAAAUUUGUAGAUUGAACUAAAAACUGCUGUGCUAUUUCUGACUGACAGUUCUAUAUUUUUUUCUGAAAAUAUAAAUAUUACAAUGCA